CCUAUCGCUCCAGUUCAAGACGGGUUGCAAACUAUUGGCGGGCGUGUCUACAUGACCAACAUCACUCUUACCGGCCGUCCCUACACCGUUGUCAUCGACACCGGCUCCAGCGAUACGUGGGUUGCCUCCUCAGCGUUCACCUGCCUUUCGCAAUUCGCGAGAACCUUGCUCCCUCAGUCAGCCUAUAGAUUUGGGUCACUCUACAAUCUGACGGAGUCGCCCCAUUGGGAUCCCAUAGAAGGGUAUACCUUCCAGGUCGCGUACACCGACGGCGAGUUCCUGAACGGAGAGCUGGGAAUGGAAGAGUUGCAGAUUGGCGGCUUGACCGUCACCCAGGUCAUUGGUGUUGUUGAGCAAGGGUGGUGGGUGGGAGAUGGAAUAAGUAGCGGGCUGUUGGGGUUGGCGUACUCGUCUCUUGCGAGGAAUGUGCAUGAGUUGAAUUAUACUUCUGUCAUUACCAAUCUAUUCGCCACUCGCGCCGUAUUACCCAUCUUCUCCCUUGCUCUCACCCGCCCCACCCGCAUCGCCCCUCGAGCAGGAGGUCUCCUUGCCAUCGGCGGGAUCCCCACUAUCCCCCUUCAGAGCGACUUUGUCACCGUCCCGAUCAAGCCCAAAAUAUCCAACACCUAUGCCUUCUACGCCAUCCAAGUGCAAGGCUUCAUUGUCAUGCCUGCAUCCACACCCGGUAGCACCACAGCACCUCGAGGCUGGAAACUGAACUACUCGAGGGCGCCAGUGGAGACCAUCAUCGACUCUGGAACCACGCUGAUGUAUUUCCCGGACCUUGUGAUGGAGUACAUCGCGAGCGCUUUCGUGCCUGCGGCUGCAUAUUCGUCCCAGACAGGUCUAUACAUGGUUAAUUGCGGAGCGGCUGCCCCGAGAAUCGGAGUCAUUAUUGGUGGGAGGACAUUCUGGGUUGAUACCAGGGAUUUGAUCAAUAAUGAGACCGUGGAUGGACGGGUCAGCACCAUGGGGACUUGUGUGAUGAGUGUACAGAAAGUUGGGGGUGGGAAUCCGGUUUUGGGAGAUGCGUUUUUGAAGAAUGUCGUUGCGGUGUUCGAUUUGGGGAGGAACGAGAUGGGGUUCGCACAGAGGGUUUAUUGA